GUCUUUUAUGAAUGCAAAUGAUGUUUCAGGUUUUAUUUUUGUGACCAUGAAUAAUUUUAACUAAAAUGGACUCGGAGAUUUUGAAGCCGACAGCGGAGCCUGCUCUGAGUGCACUCGAUGACACUGUUGUAGAACAAGAAGCUGAUCUAGGAACCAAACUGGGAGCUAGAUCGAAAACUGGAGUACUAGGAAGAGUAAAUGGAGCUAACGGCGGGUGCAGUAUGGAUCGUAACGGAUACGGAUCAAAGGAAAGAUUUCGUCUGAAGUCUCUCUCAGACAGUGAUUGCAUGUCUUCUCCAGGAUCCUGUAGUCCUGAUAUUUUCUCACCCCCGACCCUCGCCAGAUGUGUUACAGACUCACCCUCACAUUAUUUUCUUCGGGGGAACCAUAGAUGGGUCAGCACACCACUACUCAAGGACUCUGGUUUGACCCGGAGUAGCUCUUUUCAACCUGGACGGGGUGGAGAAAUGUAUUCUGCUUUGGGCCCAGCUAAAGCUAUGAGCACACCUCUCACUACUACAGGCUCUAGCAUUGAAAUCUCUGGUCCAGGUUCAAAUCUAGAUUUUAAUUCUCCGGAUUCCGCGGAAAUUCUUACUCCAGUAUCCGGGGUAGAGAUAUCUCACAUCUCCAGAUCUAUUGGACGUCCUCACACUCCAGAGAAGCAGGGGAUUACUCCUUUGAGUGGAGAAGAGUUUAUGAAGCGUGUAGAAACCCAUGAAGAUACCAAUCAGGAUACAGAUUCAGGUAUCGGAAGCCUUCUGAAUGAUACCACCGGUGAAAAGGAUGAUACCGCCGAACCUCCUGCUCCGGUCCUCCGUCGGUCUCCCCGCCAGCUCACCGUCCUCAACCGCCUUGACCGUUGCUCCAGACAGAAAAUCCCCGAAUUUGUAAAAAGCAGUAAGUACCUGACCCCACCCGGAUGCUACCUGGGCGCCAACAAGCUUGAUAUUAUACAGCUGUUAUCUGACCGCGACCUUUGGCAUGUACUAGAGCUGAUAUUUACACAUAUCCCGGCCGCAGAUCUCUCCGCAGUAGUGCUGGUCAACAGCUGCUGGCGGAGAACCCUGGAGGCUCGGGUUCGGCAUGAUCUCCGGAGAUCUAAAGAAUGGUUUAAACCCCAAACAUUUAUUCAUCAGAAAAAAUCUUUCCGCAUAAAUAUUUGUGAGGUGAACAGAAACCUAUCUCCUGGAACUCGGAGGAACAGAACUGAGAGUACGAGUUUAAACCUAGUCACAUCUCCCAGCAAGAAGUUCAGAAAUAGAUUGUUCUCUGAGCUGAAUAACCCUGGUUCUGCUCCUCCUGUUGGGGACCCUGUAGAAGAUCCUCUACCUAAAUUUAUUCACUGCCCCAACUGCUCUUCCACUAGUCUUGUCUCACAAACCAAGCAUGAACCUCCUGGUGGAGGGUUGGAGGAGGAGGACCGUGCCACCUGCAGCUCCAGGUCAUGUGGUCUAGUGUUCUGUGUGAGAUGCCUGUUCUCUGAGCAUCCUGGAGCAACCUGCCGGUUUAUCAAACCCUUUCAUAAACCGGCGGCCGUCGUGACUAGCAAGAAGUCUAAAGCAAGACUUCGUCGACUUUAG